GGCAUGAUAUACUCAAACAAUCAAACAGUUGUGUCGGCCGCCACAAAGAUGUCAAGCUUUGGACUUGUCUCUUCACAAACUCAAUACAUGCUUUCCCAAAUGCUCAAAGACAAGAAAUUCACAGCCAAUUACUUGAAGGAGAACCAAAAGAGGCUUAGAAAGAGAAGGCAGAUGUUUGUUUGUGGGCUCAAAGGGGCAGGGAUUAGGUGUUUGAAAAGCAAUGCUGGGUUGUUUUGUUGGGUGGACAUGAGGCACCUUUUGAAGUCUAACACUUUUGAAGCUGAAAAGGAGCUUUGGAUGAAAGUGGUUUGUGAAUUUGGGCUCAACAUCUCUCCUGGGUCGUCUUGCCAUUGCUCUGAACCGGGUUGGUUCAGAAUGUGCUUUGCAAACAUGUCCGAGGACACACUCGAUGUUGCAAUGCAACGUGUCAAGGCCCUUGUGGAGCCCACCAUGGUUCACCAAUCGGUGGUCUCUAAAUCAACUUGGUUGCAGACCAAGUGGGUUUUUCAAUUGGCUUCAUAUGAUCGUGAACCAGACCGUUAAUUAGCCCAAGUGAAAUGUUGAAGUUAUUUGUUUUGCUCAUGAAGCCUAGCUAAGCUAGAGAUUUAAGUAUGUGAUGA